AUGCCGACUUUUACCGAACACGAUCGGUCCCUACCCGACCGACGACAAGCCACCGAAGGACGUCCGGCAGCACUUGGCCCACGCGACGGGCGCAACAUCCAUGCCUCCCAGCUCAUCUCCGCCCUCCGCGAAGGACUCCACCUCUCCCUCCCCCUCUCCCUCUUCCUCACCUUCGGCUCGUACCUCCUCCUCGGCCAGUUCCGCCACCUCUCCCUCGCCGACCUCGCGCGCCACGGCGCGAUCGAGCACGACGUGUCCCUGGCGCAUACCGAUGCGCACGCAUCCGCAGAGUACGCGCCGUGCAGGAUCGAUAAAAAGGCGCUCGCGGCGCUGCUGCGGGACUCGGCGGACGGGCGCGUGCUGACGGCACGCGACGUCGCACACGCGCGCGUGCGCAGGGAGAGCAGGCUCCGUGUGCCGCUGGACCACGUGCAUGCCGAGAUCGCGCGGGGAGAGAUGGCGCUCGUGCUCGGCGUAUUCGGGCAGCGCGCUGGGGCCGGAGGCGGGGCAGCGGAGACAGAGGCGCCGCCGAAAGAUAAGGUCGCGUGCGAGCUGGUGGAACAAGGAACGGUUCCCGAAGAACUGGCAGCCGACGCGGGUGCAGGGUCUGCUUCAGACCGUGCGUGCGGCUGCCGAUAUCAGGAAGGCCAUGGAGGAGCAGAAGGCGAUGGAAGAGGAGCGAAGGGCCCGGUGAAUCAGGAUGAUUGGCGCCAGAGAUGGUGCGGGAAGAAACGGGUCCUGCUCUCGAUAUUGAAGAUGGGGACGAUCUGCAACAUACUUACUGAAGCAUGUACCGCAAUUUUUGGACGGUGGCAGCAGACGUGGUUCGAGUGA